CGCAUAGCUCGUGUGGCGAGCUAUCAUUAUCGUUUUUCGUCGUUAUUACAUCGCCGAGCGAGUCCAAGGUCCUAAUUUCGACACAGUCAACGGGACCGUGGUUGCACGAUAGCGUGCACGGUAAAAAAAAAACAUUUUACAUUUACGUUGAAACCGAUCCGUGUGAAAACUGUUGCAUUAAAUUUUUGACAUAAUUCUUGUGUUAAUUUUACAUAUUGCCGUCGUGUUUUAUUUUUUGACUAUUCCGCGUUCAGUUUAUAUUCACAAUUUCCAAGUGUUUAAAAUAACACAAUGGUGUUCGAGUGUUACGCUUCGCUUGUAAAUUUCCGAUAUAUUGUUUGUGUUAUUUGUUUUCCUUGUUUUUUAAAUUAAUACAAAAAUUGAAGCGGAUAAAUUGGGACACGUGAAAUUGAGACACGUGUUGAAUUUGACACAAAACUUUUUAUAGUGUGCGACCAUUUUCCCAAUCGCUCAAGCGUGCGACGCACGGAACAGCAUAAGCAACAUCUGAUCAACGUGACUGGGCAUUAUAUUGUACAUGUUCGUGAACAACGAAUAAUAACAAAUGUGUUUUACUGCGACAAAAGUUACAAGGUGCAAAUUUUUAUAUAAUUUUGAGCAUUUCAAUUUAAGCGGGUAAACUCCUUAUUAAGCACAAAGAUUGUCAAGGAAACAGUGUGCGCGCGCGCGUGUGUGUAUGUGUAUGUGUGUGUGUGUGCAUGUGAGAAACAUGCAACAUUUAAAGAGGCAUUACUUGACUUGCGAGUAUUGAAUGCGACAUCGACCGGUUUGAACUCAAGGAGGCUGUGAAAACCUGUGGCGGGAACACGCGGAACACGAUUGUUUAUAAACAAUAUAAAACAGCUAAAGCAGCAUCGAUAACAGUUUAUCAGAGGCAAUUCGUGAACAAAUCGAAAUUCUACACGAUUCUGUCAACAGGAGAAAACAGGAGAGAGGCGAGUGAUAAGGUGGAAGUGUAACGAGCUUGCUGGCCCACCGAUGGACAGUGAUAUUCGAACGGUCCGUCUGUGCGCAGCUUUGCGGCAAUGUUAGCGCGAGUGAGCAGAUUUAACACGAGUGUGUGAAUGGGAGAUAAGUGGAAAAAAGACGCGAAAGAUGUGCGUGGAAGACUAUCUUGGAAAGACGUCGUUUUACCUAGUGAUUUAUAUAUUUCAUUUUUCUCCGCACGUUGUGCUGAAAAAUAAAUUAUACACACAGAAAAAUACGUAGUGCAUUCGAGCGAAUGUUACUUGCUUCAAAUAUCUCAUGAGUUUACAAAUCCGCAAACUAUGAGUUCAUCAUAUAUCGUAGCCGAAUGUCGCGGCGGCGGACCGUAGUGGCGCAUGGCUAGAUAAAAGUUUCGCCCAGCAGGAACCCGGGCGGCAUGGGUCUGCCGCGUUUCUCCCUGAAGAGAUACUUUUUCUACGUGCUAUGUCUGACGGGCACGCUGCUGGUUCUUCUGAACCUACUGCAGGACGAGAUAUGGCACAGCAUGCGACCACAUCCCAGCCAGCCGCAGUCCGCGCGAACUGUCGGCGAUGGGCCGAAGAUGAAACCCGAUUGGCCUUUGAAAUCGAAGAAGCCGACCAUGCGAGUAUUACGCACUCGGGAACGAGUGAAGAACAGACUUCCGUCCGAGGUACUGAAUAUCAAUGGAACCGCCAACUUGGGCGAGAACGCGAUAGACUCUCUGGACCCGUCACGAAGGCCUUGGUACAUGAAAGGAGGCUCCAGGAGACCUUAUCCGGCGAUAAGAGCCCGCAGCACCGGCCGAAGGCUGGCUCAGCUGUGGCCGGAGGAGAACGCUUACGAUGAUCGCGUGACGAAUCAGCUGAUGUUCGUGCCACCCGAUUACAAUAGAACGAGCGGUGAGCACCCUCUGAAGAAGAUAAUGGUUCCUCACGGUAUGUUCGAGGCCAAAGCCGGUCCUGACAUUUUCUUCCAGCUACGCUGCCCGGUGAAUACCUGCACGAUCGUCCGCGACAAUCCGGACGAGGCCGAUCUCAUUCUAUUUAAGGAUUACAUCACGCACGUGGGACGGCGACCGCACAAUCAAGUGUGGAUGCUGUAUUUUUUAGAAUGCCCUUAUCACACGCAGAGUGUGAAGAACGCCCUUAUCAAUUGGACGGCCACAUAUCGACGUGACAGCGACGUAGUGGCACCCUACGAGAGGUGGCAAUAUUACGAUCCCAGCGUCACGCAGAUCUCGCAAACAUUUAAUUACGCAGCCAACAAGACGAAAAAGGUCGCCUGGUUCGUCUCCAACUGCCAUCCCCGAAAUCAGCGCAUGCAUUACGCCAGGGAGCUCUCCAAGUACAUCCAGGUGGACAUCUACGGGGCGUGCGGCAGUCUACGCUGCCCGCGCUCGCAGUCGCAGACCUGCUUCGACAUGCUCGACGAGGACUACAAGUUCUACCUCGCGUUCGAGAACUCCAACUGCAGGGACUACAUCACGGAGAAGUUCUUCGUCAACGGACUCGGACACAACGUUUUGCCGAUCGUGAUGGGCGCCCACCCGACGGACUACGCGCACAGCGCGCCGUAUCGCUCCUACAUCCACGUGGACGAGUUCGAGUCGCCGAAGGAGCUGGCAGAGUACCUGCACCGGCUGGACCGCGACGACGAGCUGUACAACUCGUACUUCCGCUGGAAGGGCACCGGCGAGUUCAUCAACACGUAUUUCUGGUGUCGGGUGUGCGCGAUGCUGCACGACGACCGUCCGCCUAAGUACUAUAGGGACGUGAACGAGUGGUGGCGAGGCGAGGGCGUAUGCACGACCAGCUCGUGGCGCGAGCACGACCUCGUGCGCCCGCAGAAUUUCCGAAAUACUUGAGGAGGAUUCGCCUGGGGAAACGUCCGAAAGGCUCUUCCGGCGGCUAGUGGGGAGUUCCUUGCGUGCGUGCGUGCGUGCGUGCGUGCGCGCGUGAGUCCGCCCGACACGUUGCUCAAUUUCUACUAGCGAUUCCGAUUCUUCCAAGGUAAAAUAUUGCCCGAGCCGAGGAGCAACGGCAGCAACGUGAAGGGAGCGUAUCGCGCUCGCGUCCACAAGAGGAAGUCGGCAUUCAGCCCGAAAGUAUGGACAGCGUCCUCGUUUCGCGAGCACUCAAGCCACCCUGGAGGAGGUAUUAUUAUAAAUAAGACUUCUCUCCGGAGAGGAGACGCAAUAUACCCCUCCGCUCGUUGACUUUCGGGGGGAGGGGGCGCUCGAGAAUACGACUCGGAGUGUGCGGUUGUGAAUCUUCGCGUUUUUUUGCGCAAAUGCGCAACGAGCGAGAUGCAGAGUUGCCUUUCUAUCGAUCUCAUCGAGACGCGAGAGCGACUGAACGAGAGGGUGAGCGGGGAUGCUUUGAGGAAUUAACGCGAAGAAUCGUACGCGAUCAAAGGUUAUGCGUGAUAUUUUGUUCUCUUGUUUUUCUUCUUGUGUUUUUAUUCUUUGAGAAAGUAUGUAUGUGUGUGUAUGAAUGUAUGCAUGUGUGUUCGCCUAAUUGUCGAAUCUUCCAGAAUAACGUUUCUACGCACUCCUUUUUCGGACGAUAAGCUCAAGCGUAAAGUACGAGAGAGGCGAAGACAGCCCUGACAGGCUCAUGUGAGAUCACGCGAUAUCACGAUGAAAUUUACGCGGUGACGAAUGUGUGAUGUUUUGUAAGAAUUUGACGAAAUUGCGUGUAUGGGAGAUCGUGUCAGGAAAUCAUGUGACACUAGCAUCUCGCGGGAAUGAGGUUUGCUUGUGCAGAAAACUUAAUUCUCCGCGCACGUUUAGCGAAGGAGAGAGAAAGAGAGUCACUCCGAGUUUCGUUCGUUUGAUCUGCAAAGGACACGCGAGACGCGAACUUGAGACCAGACUCAAUUUUGCAUUCGUUGCGAAAUGUGCGCCGAGAGUGUGAGUUAAUGUGUGCGCGUCCCAGAGCCCACCGAAUGAUCUUUCAACUGUAGCAUGGACAAUUACUCUAGAGGACCAACUAAGACCAACUAAAAAUUAAUUGUUUAAACAAUCGAGGCGUCGGCACUUGCGCCGAUAUUGCAAUUGACAACGAGUAUCGGUUUCCGGCCGAAAUUCGGGCUUUGUAGAUGAGUAACGAAAUCAAAUUCUUUGCUCGAUUUCAACUCUAUUUUAUCUCGAGAAAUAGAAAUUUGAGUUCAGGUCCAAUUGUUCAAGGUAUGCCCGCAACGAGGAAUUCGGGAGAAACAACGAUUUGUUGGGUGGUUGUUGCUAGAUACUAAUCGACUGCAAACAUCUGUCGCGACAGCUGUGGUUGGAAGAAUAAUCGGUGGAUUUAGGACCGCAAAGAAUUGCGGCUCGAGAGAUGGAGAAAGCAGUGUGGUGAUUACAUUCGAACGCGAACCAUGCAAUAUCGUUGAUCAGCGGCGUUUGAAAAUGUCGAGGAAAUUUGAGCUUCAAUCGGCGGGAGAGAGAAGGAGUGAGACGAGACAGUCGCCGCUUUUCGGUAGCAAUAGCGAGCACAGCAUGAAACCAAGUUUCAUGCGGGUUAUCGUACUGUUCAGUAUUUAAAUAUUAUUGUUCCUUCUUGCGCGUUCUGCGAGAAGAUCUCAUCGUUAGACGUGUAGACGGGGAGAAGCAGCAGAUUCGUGUGCAUUUACGUUGCCUCGCGUGUAGGAAUUCCGGUGAGCUUUACUUUCCCGACAAUAAUCGUGUAUUUUUUUACCAUGUACUCGCGUGUGUUAGGUAUUUGCAAGAUCAACGUGGUGUAUUAUGCGUUCUCCACGCGAAUAUAAAUUUAUUCUCUUUCUCAGCUCAACGCUCAAGGGACGUCGACCGACUCGCAAGAUCUCUCGAAUUAUUUGUGUGUUUAUCGCAAAAAAAGGACAAAAUAAACAAUGAUUUCUUUCGCGCGGGACGAAAUGCAUUUACCGAGCUGCGUGCACUCAAGAAAAUCUUUUGCUAGUCCAGACAGAAUUAUCCAAAUGUUAAAAUUCAUCGCUGUUUUUUGUAUUUGCUAGAAAAUUGUCUGUAGUAUAUAGAAUUUAUACAUUAGCAGCAUUCUCUAGCAAUACUUGCAAGCAAAUUUAGAUGGGCGUGCGAAGAUUACACAUUUGUUUGUCUCUCGUUGCUAAUUUUUUUCAUCUACCAAUUUUCAUAAGAAAUAUAACUGGCUUUGAUCUGGAUAGUCAUAGGGAAACUUUCUUGCUAAAUUUGCAAACAAUUCAUAUAAAAAUUCUAUCUCUAUAUUGAUCUAUAUCUACACUGCAAAUUCGAGUGUGUUAUUCUUAAACGCAUAAACGUAUAAUUGGCUGAAAUUCUCCUCACGCGUCUUCUGCGCAUUUUAAAUUAUGUCAUUCAACACGUUUAUGAUGUAUAAAUUAGAAUUUUAUACGUUUGAGCGUGUUAAAUGAUACAACUUGAGACAGUAAGAAACAUGUAAAAAAAGAUUCAGCUAAUUAUACGUUUUAUUAUGCGUUUAAAAAUAACACACUCGGAUUUGCAGUGUAUAUUCAUCUACAUUUAUCUACAUUGAUAAACAGAAAGCGCAUGCGAUAUCGCAGUGUUCUCUAAUUAUUUAUCCGUCUUAGUUAAUUUCUCAUCUAUGACUGCAAAAGCAUUUUCUUCAGUAUGGCAUUUGCCGACGAACCAGUAACAUUGCUCACGACAAGCUCACGUGAAUUUUUACGAGAAGCGCUUGGGAGAGUCUCUUCCACGCGGGUCGGGGGGUGCGCACGAGUCUUAUUACUUAAAUAAGUGCGCCAUUUCGUCGAGGAUUUUCGAGGUUCGCAGAAUCUAGUCAGAGGCGUAAGCUCAGCGAGGUAUUUUCGAAUAAUUUACGACGGUAGUAUUAUACGCAGCGAGAGUACCUGUUCGAAUAAUUCCUACUGUAUUUCCUUUCGCAAUUGCGAAUCAAUCUUCGGUUAAAUUGACCGCCCGUGCGAGACGCAACGCGUCCCCAAUCGCGCGCGACCGCAAUGAUACGUUCACUCUGUGCGGCUAGUGUCAGAAUUCGAGAACAACGACUGCCGUUGUGUGAACACUAAUCCAGCUCAAACUUAGCUCAAGUUGUUGGACGGAUUUUUGGUCCUAGAAGGAAGAUAGAAACACCGGCGAGCAAAAGCAGAGCGUGAAAAGAAUACAUAUUCGAGAAACGCACGAAAGAGAUGGAGAGAGAGAGAGAGAAAAAGAGAGAGGGGAAAGAUAUACUCACAAACACACACGCAAAAGGAUCACAAUCGAGUCACUUCGAGGCGGGUCACUGCCGGCCCGCCCUCGAACGGUUCCUACAUUAUAAAAUUACUCACAGUGCGCACAAGCUGCAACUAGUUACUUAGAUAAUUAAGUAAUUAAACGAUUUAGCCGGACGAUCAUGCAAAUUAACACCGAGGAGACGCGCAUAUCUUAAGUAUCUCGACGACCGUUUCCUUUCCACUGUGGCGGAGGUGAUAUAUGCUGAUACGUUAAUGUUUCAGAUAGAUAUGUAUGUGUUGCUUUAGCGAUUGUAAUUUAUUUUACACCAAUCGACGCGCUUCAGUGAUUCGUUUGAGUCAAGUUAGGUCAAUUCUUUCAGAUCGAUUUAGUUUUAACAUAAAAAAAAUGUUUAUGUUAAUCCGACACCUACACCGAGAAAAUGAUACUUAAAAAUUUACUCUCGCGGGACAUAUAAAGUUUAUCACUGUGCGAAUAAACUAUAAUAACUUUAUAAUAUAUUUUUAAGUAUCUGUUUUCUCCGUGUAGUUAUCAUUUCGGCGACUCUCACGCUAAGAGAAAAUAUCUCAACACUUAUUUGUGGGAUUUAAGAUUUAUUCACAGAAAUAAACUUUAUUUCGCAGAAAUAAGCUUUAUAUCCCACAAGUAAAUUUUCAGCUAUUUUUCCUCAAUUUCUAUUAGUUACUUCAUGUUACUGCGUGUUAGGUCGUUUUAAUUUAAUUUCCUGGAUAAGUGACAAAAGAUUGAACGUUACCGUUAAGUUAUGCACGUUUAAAGAAUCAAUCAAAGGACAGGACAGAACGACGAAGCCUCGGUGGCGACACGAGCUUCGCCGAGACUCCUGAUCGCAUUUUCGCAUUUAUUAACGAUUGGUGCUGCUUGUAACGAUUGGUGCUGCUUUACGGCGUUAUGCGAACAUAUACGACGAUGACGACGAAAUCUUGAUCCGAGCGGCCAGCCUAGUACCGAAUAAGUACCGAAAUGUAGUAAAUUUAGGUAUUGAAAGGGGCGCGACAGAAUAACGCUCGAUGUCAGAGCACAUCCCCGCGGCGCGAUAUAUGUGAUAUAAUGAAAUGUAUUUGAACGAAUCGUAAAAGGAGGAAGAGAAGAAAAAACAGGAAAACCUGAUGAACCUGAUUGGAGUCCCCUCGAGAUGUGCGUGCGCCUAUUACGUGCGCGCGUUUCCUCGAGCGACCUCGAUCGAUAUUUUUGCCCGCCCUGGAUUCAGUAAUAAAUACAAAAUGUUACUACUUACUACUCUCUCGGUGAUUACCCGUUGUCAAUCUAGAUAGCACGAUGAUUUGUAAAUAGUAGCAUGUACGAAUGUAUCAUGAUAUUAUUGUAUGUAAAAAAGAGGUAAAGCGAAAGAUAACGAAAAGAACGGGGAAAACGACGAGAGAGAAGGGAACACUGUAUGUCAUAUUGUAUGUUAGAGAAGCAGGCCCGUAUUAAUACUUGUCACCUGGAACUUGUUUCAUGUGAGAUACUCAGAUUUUUAUUCAGAGUUAGAUUCAAGUUGAAUUAUAUUACAUAUGCAUAUAUAAAAUAUAUGUUGUAUAAUAUUAUAUUUAUAUUAUUUAUAUAUUAUUUUAUAUCUCAUAUUUUAUUAUUAUAUAUAUAUAUAUAUAUAUAUAUAUAUAUAUAUAUAUAUAUAUAUGUGACACAUCUGUGUGUGUCUGUGAAUAACAGCGAUUCAACUAAAAAAUUCAGAUCUAACUCCGAAUUAAAGUCUAAGUGCCUCACUUGAGACAAGUUUCAAGUAAUAAUUGUUAUUAAUAAUAAUUAUUACUUAAUAGUAGUUACUUGAAGCUUAUCUUAUAUAAAAUACUCGGACCUGGAUUUAAAGUUGAAUCUGAGUUUUCUAAUCGAGUCAUGUGAUAUAUAUAUAGUCGUUACCUGAAUACGACAUACCAUAAUAUGACAUGAUAUCAACAAUUUAUGCAAUUUAUGCAAUUAAAAUAAUUAUUUAUGCAACUAACAAACUCAAGUCUAAUUUUAAAUUCAAAUCAUAGUAUCUUACAUGAAAUCAGUCUCAAAAAUGACUAUUGAUACUGGUCUAAGGCCCAUUAAGAGUUGUUACUUGAAGCUUGUCUCACGCGAGAUACUCAGAUUUUUAUUCAGAAUAAAAUCCAACGGAAAAAUCCACAUUUAAUUUUGGAUUCAAAUUUAAAUAUCUUACUUAGGACGAGUUUCAAAUAAUAAAUAUUAGAGUACGGGUCCCUCUGAGGGUGUCGAUCUUGAUGGCAGAUGAUGUAUUCGACUCGGAUGAUACGGAAAAAUUUAUAGAUAAAGUCGUAUGACGUCAGUCAGUCAGAACGUGGCUCGUUCUAUCUCGCGGAGGCACGCUUAUUAUUUUUGAUCGGACGAAGCCCGCAGUCAGCAAGUCACGAUUCAGUACCAUAAUGUCGCGAGAUCGUGAGAAUUUAAUCAAAAUUCGUGUCAUUGUCUCAACCGUUUACAUUCACGCGCACACCAUCAUCUUCUUCCUCCUGUAGUUGGAACGCGACGGGAACUUCACGCGAUGAAUAUUCCUUUUCUGAUCAUGUCGAGCACGCGCCCGCGCGUGAAAGGUUACGACGCAAUUGACGAAAUUGCGAAUUACAAAUCACGAGUCGUGAAAUUGUCGUUGGGGUUCAGUUGCUUCGUCCAAUUUCGGCGAACGGCGUUUAAAUUGAAGCAAACAUUUGUAUGCGUAUUUCUUUUCUGUGUGUAUGUACAUAGCUCGGCAGCAGAUCGCGACAGCCGAUUCCGUCUUUCGUUUCAUAACGUUAAAUAGUAUUCUUUGACAAUGUUCCAAAAGGCGUCGCAGCUGUUUCCGAGUAUGUUGAAUUCCGCGACGUUCUAUCGAGCGCAGCCACACUGAGUUGUAUGUGUUUGUAUAGUCGUAUCGAUGUUUACGCGCAUUCUUGAUCCAAGGAAUAAAGACGAAUGCUAUUCUUAA